AUGACCGGCACCGCCGCAUCCCGCCUUCGUCUCAUCAAAGCCAUUUUGGGGUCUUUUUUCUUCCCAAGACGCGCGCUUGCGGUGUGUUUGGGACCCAACGAACUAUUGGAACCUUUAGGGUCCUUGUGGGUCGCUCCUUCCUGCUCGUCGGCGGCCUCGCUUUGGCUAUCCAAAGACCGGAUGGACGGAAUGUUCGGCCCCAAACCCCGCGGCGCUUUAGUUUCCACCGGCCCCGCCAUUUCGCUCGCGGGCUCGUCCGAAAUGGCGGGGGAAGAGCCGUCAAGGGUCACCGAGCUCGGCUUCUCCAUCUCCAUCGGGAGCGCGGGGUACGGCAUCUCGGGCCCUUCUUUAUGCGAAGUCUCGGAAUAA